AAACAUACUUCAAACUUCUAAGCUUCUCUACCAUGAUCUGAGAAGACCAAUCUAGAAGCAAUUAGUAACAUUAAGACUCCCCCAGUAACUUCGACUCACAAUCUAUAUAAACUGGUGUACAUACCUUUCCCAUCUCACCAUCACUGAAGACAACAAUCAGUAAAUACAAACAAUCCUCAAAAAUCUAAUCCACCAUUCCUAAGCAAAACAAUCAAUCAACAACGAUGUCGUUGAUCCCAAGCUUCUUCGGAAACCAAAGAAGCAGCGUCUUCGAUCCCUUUUCUCUCGACUUAUGGGAUCCCAUCAAGUCGCUGUCCUCAGUAAACAGCGACACUGCCACCUUCGCCAACACUCGCAUAGACUGGAAGGAGAUGCCUGAAGCACAUAUCUUUAAGGCUGAUCUUCCUGGAGUCAAAAAAGAGGAAGUGAAGGUGGAGGUUGAAGAUGGCAGGGUGCUUCAAAUCAGCGGAGAGAGAAGCAAGGAGCAGGAGGAGAAGAAUGAUAAAUGGCACCGUGUUGAACGGAGCUCUGGAAAGUUUAUGAGGAGGUUUGGACUACCGGAGAAUGUCAAGAUGGAUGAGAUCAAGGCAAACAUGGAGAAUGGGGUGCUUACUGUGACUGUGCCUAAGAAGGAAGAGAAAAAACCCGAGGUGAAGUCCAUCGACAUCGCUGGUUAAACUUCAAAUAUUAGGCCUGAAUCAAUGGUUGCUAUCUUUGUGUCUUCUUAUUAAUCACUUUUUUUAUUUGUGUUGUGUGUGAAGAGUGUAAACAAGAAAGAUUAAACUAAUGAGUAUGUAAAAUUUAAAAAAAUAUAUAUCAAUGACAAUAAAAUUCUGUUUUAUGUUGUGCUAAA